UUGGAUCGAUCUCGCACUCAGCAGCGGUCGACAAGCAACGUUUCGCUGAACCAGCUGCAUUCCAAGUCGCUCAAGUGGGAUUGUCUUGUUUGUUACUUCAACCUCUUCGCAGAGAGCUGCUCGACUGUAGAACUGAAGGUCGCGGGAUCAAAUUCCGGCCGCUGUGGCCACCUUUCGAGCAUCAUGAGCACUACGGCACCGAACUUGUGGAGUUACUGCUCCUCAUUGAGUAGCCUCUGCCCCAAACACGUGCCUGUCGCCAAGAUCUACGCCGAGCUGCGGUGGCCGACUACCCGCUUCACUGGGAGGAGCGUGGACCACAAACUAGGCUGCACGCAAGGUCUGGGACCAUGUGCUGACAGCGUCUGUCACGUUGUCCGACAACUGUCAACGUGGAACGAAUUCCUCGUCUUCAUAGGUGUGGAACUGUGCGAGGGUCCUCCCGGGCAGCUGUCGUUACAAUGCCUACAUGGCAUGUGUGGCUAUACUUGCUCGACAGCGCGCGAACGCCACGCGACUAUAUUAGUCCAUUGGCUCCUCACUGUUCACCGGUGUGUCACCCGCGUUGAACUUGCCGAGAGCGUCAUCCCCAAUUUCAGUACGUACUUGUCACUGUACUGCGACGCCCUUCUACGCAAUGUCAGCAUCAAGUUUCUGAAAGUCUCUAGCUGCAGUCGCGCUGUAUCUAGGUCCCUCUUCAACUCUGUCGUCAGCAUGCGACGCCUGGAAUCACUUGAGUGUGAUGUACUCGACCUCUCGUCGCCAGGCUUAAAAGCGUUCCUCAACUCAAACGCAACUCUGAAGGAGCUCUCUCUGACGAAAGCUAUUUCACGUACAGAUAACUAUUCAGUGCUUCUAAAUUCACUGCGCAUGGAAAGCACAUUAGUAAGGCUUUCAAUUUAUAGUGAAUGUCUUGAUUUGGAUACCGAGGACGCGUUUGGCGACUACAUGGAGCGAACUGCGACGCUUCGCCACAUCAAGAUAACAAGUUCAUCUCAUUACAUACCGCGCUCACUGGUGCCAGUAUUUCAGGCUUUAUCGAAAAACAGAAGCGUCCUAAGCCUUGACCUCGAUAAAUUUAUUCUAGCCCUUGAUGAGGGGUGGUCUUUUGCUGAAUUAAUCAGUGCGAAUCGUACUUUGAAGAUAGUAAAUUUCAACAAAUGCCUGUGGCGAUCUGUAGUGCAUCCCCAUCAAUAUUAUCCAGCAACUACACCACCAGCUGCCGUAGGCUAUGCAGACCAUCAGACAAGGCGCAUUGCCCCUCUUCUUCGUGCUUUUGGACCUGAAUCCGCUUUGGAGGAAAUCACGCUCGACUUUAGCAGUUUUGAAGCUAAGGAAGUGAAGUCUUUGCUCAAAGCCCUUUCUUUAAAUGCAACUCUGAGGAAAGUGAACGUAGAAAAGUUGUCAGUCAGCAGUGCAAGACGUCUGUGCGAUGCGAUCCGAGAGACGGGCACCGCAGGCAGGGUGCACUUUGGCUUUGUCGACGUGAGGGGAAUGGAUCUCGCUUGCCUGAAAGAGUCGUUCGCAGAAUUCACGAAAGUAUCCUUCAGUGAUACAGGCUGCCAUGGCACGAGGACUACACUGGAGUGCCUGACAGUUCUGACGACGUGCACUCACCUGAAAGUUCUCAAUUUGGACAUUAGGACAGUCGUGUGCAGUGCAGAAGCGAGUGUUCUCUCCGCAUACCUAGAACAAAGCCACGCUAUCAGAGAAUUUUACAUGUCCUUCGACAUUUCGCACCGUGCGUUGCAAAAAGUUCUACAAGGCAUGUCCAAGAACAAGAGCUUGGAGAAGUUGCGCGUCGCAAAGAUGACCCUGGACGAAGUCAGUGCGGCCAUACUUGCGAGCAUUGUCAGCGAUAGCGAAACUAUCUGGCACUUUGAGUACCAAGCUUCUAGCCGCAUUUCGUGUCGCUUUCUUCUAAUAAACCUUGCGAGGUGCCUUGUCUCCAACACUAGCUUGGUGUCUCUGAAUGUCACCGAAUACCCAGAACUAAUGAAGUAUGCAGCCGCUGCGAAGAACUUCGUGAGACGCAACCUGGGUUUAGUCGAGUGCGCCGCGCACUUUGUUGUCAGCACCAGGAGCAAACACUGCGCGGAGGCCUUCGAACGUGUCGCCUCAAGCGCUAGAGUAGUCGCCAGAGUUCAAGAGCUGGCUGGAGAGUCUUCCGUUGAUCGAGCAAAGCUGAUAAGAAAGGCCUCGCAGUGGCUACUUGGAACUGCAUGUUUUAUGAAGGUCACAGGCGUCGUCAAGAAUGACUUGUCAUGGGACGAGAGCGUAGAAUAUCGGGAGCGCCUGGAAAGCCUGAACAUAGAUUGCUGGCUGCACGUGAGAAAGUUUAUCAAGGUUCGCGACGUACUGCACUGGACGCCCCCAACUUUCACGCGACGCAGGAGGCGAGCCACUUUAGGCGCACGUCGGUUCAAGCGGCCUCGUCUGCAAUAGUGACGGCAUCUCUGGCCAAAUCGGCAACAGUUUCAUGGACGUUCCCUGAACGAUAGACUUUUUAUUCAACAGCUUGUGACUCGCGCCUUUGCCUUUGGCGUACUCUUGUAUUUUAAUGUGCUUCCAGCCGGGAAAAGUUUUUGUGCGUUGUAUUGUUUAUUAAUUGACAAGGCCCAAUAAAAUGUACUGCUUCUUU